AUGGCUCUCCCAACAAAGCCGGCCAGCUCGGGAGGCCAUAGGAUGUGCAAGUGCACAGCUGUUCUGUCUAUGGCCAGCGGGUUCUUUCUGGUGCUGCUGGUUUACACCUACAGUGACAUGCCGUGGCAGCCAGCCAAUUUGCCGCCGCUUACUGAAGAAGUCGCGCAGCAGCAGCUCGACCCGGACCGCAGCCAAGAUAUAUCUUGGAAACGGUUCAUAAAAACAAGAGGACAAAAUCGUACAGUGAGUUCCCGUAUCGUUUUCUACAACCGAGUAGAUAAAUGUGGCAGCUCCUCGCUCAACGCACUAAUCAAGAGACUUGCUAAGAAUAACCGGAAGUUCAUUAGAUCAAGUUCAGACGUUCAUUUUCGUCGAUAUCUAAAUGAUACCGAUCAACUAGCUAUCAUCAAGAAGCUUAUCAAGCAGUCCAAGAAGAAACCUGUGGUAUUUGAUCGGCAUGUCUACUAUGUUGACUUCACCGAGUUCAACCAAAGUGAGCCUAUUUACAUCAAUCUCAUCCGGGACCCUGUCCAGCGGUUCAUCUCGUUUUUCCACUACCUGAGGCUCGAGAAACGCUACAGGAAGGCGACUCAGAGACCCAAACGCCAAUGGUUCAACAAGAACUUGAAUGAGUGCGUUAUGAGCGGCGACCCUGAAUGCGCCAUGACAGACACAUACCACCAUGAGGGCCCCAAGGGUAAUGAAGUGUUUCACCCCAUGACGUCCUACUUUUGUGGCCACGAGGCGGUAUGCAGGGAGUUCAACAACAGGGCAGCCCUGCAGAGGGCACUCGAGAACCUGGAGAAGAAGUACGCGGUCGUUGGAAUCUUAGAGACAUUGGACAGAUCUCUGCAAGUCUUUCAAGCCUUCGUGCCUAUGUACUUCCGAAAUGCUGUCAAACUAUUUGACAAAUCUCCCUUGAAAUCGAACACGAACCAGCACGAACCGGCCACAGCGGCUGUAGAAGAAGAGCUGGCGAGUCGCCUUUGGGCUGAUAUCGAACUCUACAGGCUCGCCGAGCAGCGACUCUACCUGCAGUACCGCAGCAUAGGGGGCCGCGUACCUCCAGGAGCCAAGUCUUAG